AUUAUCUAUCUAUCUAUCUAUCAUCUUUCUAAAUAUUAAACCCCAUAAUUCAAUCAUCUGUACUUGCUGACUUCCACUGAAGUUAAGGAUUAGAUCUUUUAUCUUAAGAAUCCAGUCUGGUCACUCAUCAUCCUGUAUUUUAUCUCUUGUGACUCACUUGUUUACUCAUUCCACACAGCUAAAUAUUUUUUUACCCCACUGACUAGUUCACACUGAAGUUUCUUGCUCUUUGCUGUAACGCAUAUUUUGUAUAAAUGGGAUUUUUCUAAGCAGAUAUAUUUUGUCUGCUUUUUUAAAGUGUGCAGGAAAACACAGAAAGGACUCACCUUUUUCAGUGAAGAUGUCUCUGAGGGAAUACACUACAGGUUGGUUAGCCAAAUGCAGAAUCCUGUGGCUCAGAAAAAGGAGUACUUCUCUCUAUGGCCAUGAUUACAAGCUUUUAUAAAUGUUUUAAAAUGAGGUAUUGGGGAGAUUAGUGGGGAUAAAGAAAUGUUUCAGUGUUCAGAGAAUAAGCACAGGUUGUAUUGCUUAUGUCAAGCUGAGCUAAUGCUUGUUUGCUUUUUAAUGUUACUCAAACAAGUUUUGUCCAGACACAUGAUGGACAGAAAUACACAAAGUUACACUUGGUGACUCAUUCCUGCACUGUCAUCACCUCCCUUGGUGCAAACUUUUGGAUACCAUAUGCUCUGAUCACACCUGAAUUACAACCAUGGAUAACAUGUCAUAUUGGAAAACACAGCAAAAUAUGGAGUUGUAAAGAGAUCAAAAGCUUUUCUUUAGAAAGAAUCAGCACAGAGGGUUAGGGCCAAAAUUCUCCAAGUCAAGGAGAAGUCUCCCUGUGCUAGCAUGGCACCACUGGUGAGCCCAGAGCCCCUUGCUGCACACUCAGGCUGGCAAAUAACUGAGAGGUCUGUGUGGAUCUCCAAAAGCAAAAUUCCUUGAGAUUGAGUUCGGAAUGCCUGUUCUAACUGCUCUGGCCAGCUGUCUGCCUCAGCUAGUGAGCAGGGCAAAAGAUCAGCACUAAGCAAAAAGCCUUGGAAUCAUCCUUCAGACGUAUUCCAAGAGCAGAACCUCUACAAUUCCUGACCAUGGAGACUGGAGCACUCUUCCAUAGGCUCUGAGACACUCACUGGUACAGUUGCAAAACAUCCCAGAGAGCUUUUCAGGCCCAUAAAGCAGAUAAAAAAUAAAUCCAUUUGCGAUUCUGUGAUGUCCAAAAGAAAGGUGUUUCCUGGAAGUGACUGUGCUAUGUGUGAGCUUGAAUCAUGCCAAGUGCAGUUGUCACAGCCGGAUGUUUGCAGGCUUUCAGCCCCUGCCAGCCCUGCUAAAGGAGAAGGGCAGGGGGAAUUCGGUAUGCAAAUGAUAUGCAAAUAACUUCCCUUUGGCAUCAGUCUGGAGGAUAUAAAUACUGACAGAAUCAUAUCAACCACUGUCUAAUUAUUCCCACCAAAGAACAAUGGAAUCCUAUUAUACUCUGGUUUUAAUAGCAGGAAUUUUAGUUGCUUUUGUAUUGCUGGUUUUAAUUGCAACUGACCAUAAUUUCUUCAAGGGAGAGAUUCCUUCUGAUGUUGACCAGCCAGCAAAGCUCCGCCUUUAUCACUGUUUGUACACUCUGAUGGAUAUUCUGGCAAAGAAUUUAAACCACUUGAGUAUCAUCAAGGAGCACACAAUUAUCAGGCUGCUCACGGAUGGACUCCCAGCAUGGCAGGAUUCCCAGCUCUUCAUUAAAGAUCUGCAUUUUGAUGGGGUGCCCGUGAGGAUUUACCUCCCAAGAGAACCCUCUGCCAGCAAACGGAGAGGAGUCGUCUUCAUCCAUGGAGGAUGUGGCAUUUUUGGAAGCAUCAGAGGUUAUGAAAGAAUAUGCCGGUACAUAGCCAGAAAAUCUGAUUCAGUGGUUGUGUCUGUUGGGUAUCACUUAGCCCCUGAGCACAAGUAUCCAGCCCAGACUCUGGAAUGUCUCAGUGCCACCGUGCACUUCCUGAAGACUGCAGACUCCUAUGGGGUGGACCCUGCUCGGAUUAUUGUUUGUGGGGACAGUGUAGGGGGCUCGUUCACUGCCACUGUUUGCCAAGAACUUGGGCACAGGACAGACAUCCCCAAGAUUCGUGCCCAGGUGCUGAUCUAUCCAUUUCUCCAAGCACUGAACUUCAAUCUGCCCUCUCACCAGAAAAAUGCUGCCGUUGCCUUCCUGCCCCGGGAGCACACAGUCCAUUUUAUUCUCAAAUACCUGAAUAAGGAUUACUCCCUGAAGGAACCAAUUCUGGCUGGUUCUCAUGUUCCUGAGAGUAUAAAUUUGAAGUAUAGGAAAUGGAUAAAUCCAGAUCUUAUUCCAGACAAGUUUAAACUGGGCUAUAAACCACCGCUCCCCACUUUGUUUUUACCUCAAGUCCAUGAAGAAGUGCAGGAGCUGUUUGAGCCCUGGGUGUCCCCGUUGCUGGCAGAGGAUGCUGUUGUUUGUGGUCUCCCUGACACCUGUAUUGUCACCUGUGAGCAUGAUGUGCUCAGGGAUGAAGGGCUGUUGUACAAGAAACGUUUAGAGGACAACAACGUACGCGUGACCUGGCACCACGUGGAAAACGGCUUCCACGCCGCACUGGGAUUUUUUGGAUAUGGUAUUUUCUCUUUCCCAUCAUCAAGUACUAUAAUGAACCACGCUGUAGACUUUAUAAAAGGCUAUUAAAUCAUUUUCUUGCAUACACUGCAGUGGUAUUUAGAAAGAUUGUGAUUCAAUUAAAUUAUUCAAUUAAGUAUUUAAUAGCUAUUUGCCUGUUAGAAUCAAGGCAAGAACGGAUGACAUUAGCAUGGUCUGCUGAAUUCUGAUCCUUACUUGCUAUUACCUAGGAACGUGAUGUUUAGAGGUUUUUUGUAAGCUUGCUUUGAUGCUCUCUUCUUGAAUUGCAAGAAUUUUUGUUCACUUCAUAUGUCAAAGAAUAAAAACUCAUCGUAACAAAAAA